GCUUGUCUAACUUGUCGUAACAAGUAUUGCUCACUAGACUACGUAGCCGAACAAUAUACAGAGAAGAAUUUUAUUGUGCUGCUAGGAUAAUUUAAACGAUGUGGAUAUACUUUGUGGAUUGGUGUCGGUUGAGUUUUAAUGCCUUCUUGCUACUUGGCCUUUUUCACCUCGUUAUAAACAGCCCAUCGAGAAGACAUAAACGAGAAGAUGACGAUUUCGAGUGCCCGUUUCCAGACGGUUUAUUUGCCGAUCCAGAAUCGUGCAGAAAAUUUAUUAUCUGCGCGGGUGGGCAUCCUUUCACACAAAAUUGUCCUCCAUCUCUUUAUUUCGAUGACAUAAAAAAGUUUUGCACAAGAAAAACUAAAGAACUGGCUUGCGGGCCUGUAACCACAACAACAACAGAACCUCCUGCACCCGAUCCUUUAGCGGCCCAAAAAUGUGAUACGUCUCAAUGCAAGUUACCAGACUGUUUUUGUAGUUCUGAUGGAACGAGAAUUCCAGGAGACUUAGAUCCUAGUGAAACUCCACAAAUGAUUUUUAUAACUUUCGAUGGUGCAAUUAAUGGUUUAACAUACGAUAAUUAUCGAUCAGUUUUGAAUGAAACUAGGAAAAAUCCUAAUGGAUGCCCGAUAAAAGCCACAUUUUUCGUUUCUCAUGAAUACAGUAGCUAUUUUCAUAUACAGAAAUUUUAUUCCCUUGGACACGAAAUUGCAAUCCAUUCAGUUAGUCAUCGAGGACCAGAAGAUUGGUGGACCAAGGCUUCUUAUGAAAAUUGGACUGAAGAAAUGGUUGGAAUGAGAGAAAUUCUUCAUAAAUUUGGCAAUGUAUCCCGUGACUCUCUCCUUGGAGUCAGAGCACCAUAUUUAAAACCGGGAGGCAACGUCAUGUUAAAUAUGAUCUACGAUUAUGGUUUUGUUUACGAUAGUUCCCUAGGAGCACCUAUGAGUACGACUCCUAUUUGGCCCUAUACUUUUGAUUAUAAGAUUCCUCACCGAUGCUUAUCGGGUAAUUGUCCUACUCAGGCAUUUCCGGGAAUAUGGGAAAUGCCGCUUAACACACUUCAUAGCGAGGAUGGAACGGGUGGUACCUGUGUGUUAGCAGAUCAAUGUGUAUUUUCAGAAGACGACAAUAUCAUAUACGAGUUCUUGAUGGAAAAUUUCUUGCGUCACUAUUCGACAAAUAAGGCUCCAUUUGGACUGUACUUCCACGUCAACUGGUUUAAUGAGCGUGUUAAAAUUAAAGCCUUAACCAAAUUUAUAGAAGCAGUGUUAACCAAAUACAAAGAUGCUUGGUUUGUCACUAUGCAACAGGCAUUGUUAUGGUUGAGAAACCCUACUCCAAAUUCGCAGCUGGCUAAUUACGUUCCCUGGCAAUGCGAAACGAGAGAACCGGCAUGUAAUCUUCCAAAUACGUGUGCACUUCCAUUUACUGCCGGUUACAUCAAUGAAAUUCGUUAUAUGGAAACAUGCACCGAAUGCCCCUUAAAGUAUCCUUGGCUAGGAAAUUACGAUGGCUCUUUCAAAGGACAAAAAAUCGUAGAGCUGGCUCGUGAUAACGAAGCAUCCAAAAAGAAGAAAUAGAUGAACUUUUAAGAUGAUUAUGUUUCUUCUUUAACUGUAAAUAACCAGUUCUUGUAUUGAACGAUAAGGCGAUGUGCCAAUCAUAUUUUUUUAUACAAUGACUUUACAGAAUAUAAACAUAUUUUCGUUUACUGAUUAAUCGUGUUGCAAUUCUACACGAGAAUAUAUAUAUAUAUAUAUACGUUGAGAAUGCUUAUAGAAAAAUCCCUCCUAAACGAAGAGGUUAAUCUAACUAUGGGAAAAUGUUAGAUUAGAUAGAAUUAGAUUUAUAAGUAUUACUUAUUUCAACAUUUAAUUAACGAUAAUUAUAUUCAUUAAAUUAUCAUUUAUUUCAUAUUUUAUAAUGUAUACAAUGAGAAAUUUGAGAAUUUCUUUGAUAAUUU